AUGAAGCCCACUUUCCAAAAUUGUUGUCAGAAACAGAUAAAGACUUGGUGCUCCAAAAAAAUUAUCAUGCCCAUAGAUUAG